GGCAAUACUUGGUUUGUUUACUACGUGCACGUUGUCCCAUGCGUUAAGAAAACACGCAGAGAUUUUUGUUAGCAAUUUUUAAUAACCUAAUAGAAAAAGAAAAAAAAAUGGGUAGAAUCAUUUUUAGGAAAGGAGAAAGAGGGAUAGCUACAAGCUACAUGAGUAGAAAGCAGGCUUUGAGGAAACUUCAAUUAUCUUUGAAAGAUUUUCGGCGACUUUGUAUAUUGAAAGGAAUCUAUCCUGUUGAACCUCACCAUAAGAAAAAGGCUAACAAAAACAAUUCAUCCAACAAGACAUAUUAUUUAGUGAAAGAUAUCCAAUUUCUUGCACAUGAGCCUCUUAUCAACAAAUUCAGGUCAUUCAAAAUAUUUAUAAAACGCUUGAGAAAGGCAAUUGGCAAAAAGGACCAAGAAACAAGUCAGCGUUUAAGGGAUAAUCAACCAGUUUUUAACCUUGAUCAUAUAGUGAAAGAAAGGUAUCCCACAUUUAUCGAUGCUCUAAGAGAUGUAGAUGAUGCUAUCUCCAUGUGUUUUCUUUUCGCUACAUUUCCUAAAUCCAGAAAUGUUAAAGCUGAUCUCAUUCAGCUGUGCCGUAGAUUGACAGUUGAAUUCAUGCACUACAUAGUAGAAGCAAAAGCAUUACGUAAAGUGUUUGUUUCAAUAAAAGGAAUUUAUUAUCAAGCUGAAAUAAUGGGACAACUGAUCACUUGGACUGUGCCACAUACAUUUGGUUAUUCUAGACCAACAGAUGUGGAUUUUAAAAUUAUGGUGACCUUUGCACAAUUUUACAGCACUAUGUUAGGCUUUGUCAAUUAUAAGCUAUACCAUUCCAUCAAUCUUGUGUAUCCCCCAAAGCUGGCGGUAGACUGUCCUUCUGCUGAGUUACUUGAAGGGGAAGAUGACUAUUCUGAGUUUAUUUCUGCCCUCAACUUAAACUUAAAGUCAUCUGUUGAAAAAUCUAUAGAAGAAGAAGAACAGCAAAUUGAUGAAUUCCCUGAUGGUGAAGAUAGUGAGGAAAUGCAGGCACGCAAAGCAGAACGAGAGAAAACAGAGAAGCUAAAAAAUUUAUUCAAGGGAUGCAAGAUAUAUUUAAAUCGAGAAGUGCCUAGAGAAUCUCUGUUGUUUGUCAUCAGGUGUUUUGGAGGAGAAGUGUCUUUUGACAAAACUAUUCAUGUAGGCGCUACAUUUGAUGAAGAUGAUGAAUCAAUAACUCAUCAGAUUGUUGACAGACCAGUGCUACAGAAAAAAUUUGUUAAUCGGGCUUAUGUUCAGCCACAGUGGGUAUAUGAUUCAGUUAAUGCAGGGUUGUUGUUAAAUGAAAAACCUUAUAUGCCUGGGGCAGAACUUCCACCACAUUUGUCACCAUUUGUUGAGGAGAAAGAAGGCGAUUAUAUUCCACCAGAGAAACAGGCUCUUUUGGACUUGCAAAAAGGACUUGUAACAACUCUGACAAGAACAGUAGAAUCUAGUGAUGAUAGCUCUGAUGAAGAAAAGGAUAACCAAGAAAGUGAUGAUGAAGGUAAUGCAAAAAAGAGAAAGGCUGAAAGUGAAAAUUCUCAAACCAAAAAGAAGCAGAUGAGAGUAACAGCAGGUGUUCCAGACAAAUUCGAUCCUGUAAAACUUGCACAGAAAGAAGCUGCUGAAGAAAAACGAUUGGCAAUCUUGGCUAUGCCAAAGAAGGAUAAGCACUUAUAUGACAAGAUACAAUUUGGUCAAAAGAGGAAAAAUAGAGAGAACCGUAAAUUAGAAGAAAAACGCAAAAAUUAUCUAAAAGAGCAAAAAAAGCUGAAGAAAGAAAUGAUGGCAUCGUAGAAGAUUCUCAUAAAAUGUCUUGUAUUCAACCAUCUUGUAUAAUAAAGAAAUGCAUUGUGCUGUAUGUAUUAUAUUGAUUUUCUGGGCUCUCAAUAAAGGAAAUUUUUAAUUAAA